AUAUAAACUAAAGAUGAACAGGAGGGCAGCUGUUUCUGUGAUGCUGGAAUCACCACAUCUGGCACAGUCAAAGUCGCUUAGAUCACACAUCUUGCCCAUUCUAAUAGAUAGGGGCGCUGUUUCUAAAAUGAAUCUCUCAGAGGAGCCAAAGACCAAAGGAGGAACCCUCAGCAGUGAGAGGAAGAGGGUCCAGGUAGAAAGAGCAGGGUCACCUGUACCCAGCUGUGUGUCUCUGAAGAGUGAUCCUUCAGUGGAUCCUCCACUCACUUUCAAAGGAGAGUUCACAGGUGAUCAAAGGGUCCAGGUAGAAAGAGCAGGGUCACCUGUACCCAGCUGUCUGUCUAUGAAGAGUGAGCAUUCAAUGCCACUUCCACUCGAGUUCAGAGGAGAGUUCACAGGUGAUCAAAGGGUCCAGGUAGAAAGAGCAGGGUCACCUGCACCCAGCUGUCUGUCUAUGAAGAGUGAUCAUUCAAUGCAUCGUCCAAUCGGCUUCAGAGGAAAGUUCACAGGUGACCAAAGGAUCCAGCAGUCACUGAAGUCCAGCUCUUUCGAAGAGAAGAGUUCAGAUAAAUUAUCUUCCGCAAAAAAGUCUCUCCUGCGCACUCUGAUGAAGCUGAAGGAUGAAAAGCUGAAACUGUUCCAGAGCCAUCUGAGUCAGGAUUGCCCUGAAUGCUGUCUUGAAGAUCAGAGUCUGCCUGAAGAUCCUACUUGGCUGGAUAAGUUUAUGAAGUUUAUUAAUGAAUUGUUUGACAGUCAUGAAGCUGAUGAUUACCCAGAAUGCAUUGAGAGAAUGUACAUAGUUGAGAAGAUGCUGGAGACCUGUGGUAGUGAGAGGUCUCUGAAGAUCACACUCGACAUCUUGAGGAACAUGAAGCAGAAGGAUCUCGCUAAUUCACUGGAAAGAGAUGAGCGCAAUGAAUCCAUAAAAAGAGCCCAGCAGGCACUGAAAACUCAUCUGAAGAGGAAGUUUGAAUGCAUAUUUGAAGGUUUAGCAAAGCAGACAACCCUCCUCAAUGAGAUCUAUACAGAGCUCUACAUCACAGAGGGAGGAAGUGGGGAGGUCAAUGAUGAACACGAAGUCAGACAGAUUGAGACAGCAUCUAAGAGACGAACCACACAGGAGACUGCAAUCCUCUGCAAUGACAUCUUUAAGCCUUUACCUGGACAAGGGAAACCUAUCAAAACUGUGCUUACAAAGGGCAUCGCUGGCAUUGGGAAAACUGUCUCUGUGCAGAAGUUCAUUCUGGACUGGGCAGAAGGAAAAGCCAAUCAGGACAUUGAUUUCAUCUUCACUCUUCCUUUUCGAGAUCUGAACUUGAAGAAGGAAAGAGAAUUCAGUCUGAUGCAGCUUCUGCAGCACUACUUUCCACAGCUGAAAGAGAUCAAAAGUGUUGAUGGUGAAGUCAACACCUUCAAAGUCAAAGUUGUAUUUAUCUUUGAUGGACUGGAUGAGUGUCGACUUCCUCUAAAUUUCCAAAGUAAUAAGUACUGCUCCGAUAUAACAGAGUCAUCAUCAGUGGAUGUGCUGCUGACCAACCUCAUUAAGGGGAAUCUGCUUCCCUCUGCUCUCCUCUGGAUCACCUCCCGACCAGCAGCAGCCAGUCAGAUCCCUCCUGAGUGCGUCCACCAGGUGACAGAGGUACGAGGGUUCAAUGACCCGCAGAAAGAGGAGUACUUCAGGAAGAAAAUCAGAGAUGAGAACCAGGCCAGCAGAAUUAUUUCACACAUGAAGUCAUCCAGGAGCCUCUACAUCAUGUGUCACAUACCAGUCUUCUGCUGGAUUUCUGCUACUGUUCUGGAGACAAUGUUGGGUAAAACAGAGAGUGGAGAUCUGCCCAAAACGCUGACUGAAAUGUACACACGCUUUCUGCUUAUUCAGACUAAGGUGAAGAAUCAGAAAUAUCAUGGCACUGAUGAGACAGACACAAAGAUGUUAGCAUCAGAUACAGAAAUCAUCCUGAAACUGGGGAAGCUGGCUUUUCUACAGAUGGAAAAGGGCAAUCUGAUACUCUAUGAAGAGGACCUGAGAGAGAGUGGCAUUGAUGUCAGUGAAGCUUCAGUGUACUCUGGGGUGUGCACAGAGAUCUUUAAGGAGGAGUGUGGGUUGCACCAGGAGAAGGUCUACUGCUUUGUGCAUCUGAGCAUUCAGGAGUAUAUGGCUGCCUUGUUUGCAUUGCAAUCAUGUGUAAAUGAGAACAGAAAUGUACUCAGAGCAGAAGAAUCAAAACCUCACAGUGACAGAGUGCAGCUGUCUGAGUUACACAAGAGUGCAGUGGAUCAGGCCUUAUUGAGUAGGAAUGGACACCUGGACCUUUUCCUCCGAUUCCUUCUUGGCCUCUCUCUGGACUCCAUUCAGACUCUCUUAGGAGGACUACUGACACAGACAGGAAGCAGAUCAGAGAGCAUUAAGAAAACAGUCCAGUACAUUAAGGACAGGAUCAGACAGGAAUCUUCAGCAGAGAGGAUCAUCAAUCUGUUCCACUGUCUUAAUGAACUGAAUGACAGCUCUCUAGUGCAGGAAAUCCAGAAUUCCCUGAGAUCAGGAAAACUUUCUGAUAAAGAGCUGAAACCAGACCAAUGUUCAGCUCUGGCCUUUGUGUUACUGAUGUCAGAGGAGAUCCUGGAUGAGUUUGACUUGAAGACAUACAACACAUCAGCAGAAGGUCAUCAGAGACUGGUACCAGUAGUCAGGAACUGCAGGAAGGCCAUGUGA